GCUUCAGGUCAGGUGGUGGACGGCCGGCCGUUAAAGAUUGUGUGUAUUGGAGCGGGGUAUGUGGGAGCUCCAACAAGUUGCAUCUUGGCGAAGCAAUGUCCUCAUGUUGAGGUGGUGGUGGUGGAUUUGAGUGAAGAGCGGAUUCGGGGAUUUAAUGAAGGUCCUUUGCCGAUUUUUGAGCCUGGUUUGGAGGAGUUAGUGGCUGAGGUACGAGGACGGAAUUUGUCAUUUUCUACGGAGUGUGGUCGUCACAUUGGUGAUGCAGAUGUGAUCUUUGUGUCAGUAAACACCCCGACAAAAAAGUAUGGUGUUGGUGCAGGACAGGCGGCCGAUUUAAGUGCGUGGGAGGCAGCUGGUAGAACGAUUGCGGAGCAUGCUAGCACGAGCAAGAUUGUAGUGGAGAAGUCAACGGUUCCGGUUAAGACGGCUUCGGCGUUGCGAUUUGUCCUGAGUGCGAAUUCUCGAGUGGGUGUCGAGUUCCAAGUACUCUCAAACCCCGAGUUUUUAGCAGAGGGGACGGCACUACGAGAUCUGCUAUUUCCCGAUCGUGUUUUGAUCGGAGGCGACAUGGACACUGUUCAGGGUCGGGCGGCCGUGGACGUAUUGGCCACGCUGUAUCGACAUUGGGUUCCAUCAGACAAAAUAUUGACAAUGGACACCUGGAGUUCGGAGUUGAGUAAGCUGGUUGCUAAUGCGUUUUUGGCACAACGUAUUAGCUCCAUUAACUCGAUCGCGAUGCUCUGUGAAAAAACUGGCGCCGAUAUUACCGAGAUUGCGCGAGCCAUUGGCAAAGACAGUCGUAUUGGACCCAAGUUCCUUCAACCCAGUGUCGGCUUCGGAGGCUCAUGUUUCCGCAAGGAUAUUGCUAACAUGGUGUAUCUCUGCAGGUGUACAGGUCUACAGGCUGUCGCCAACUACUGGGAGAGUGUGUUGGAGAUAAAUGAGCUUGGCAAGAACCUUUUCAAAGACCAAAUAGUUUCUCUACUCUUCACUACCGUCCGCGGUAAAAAAAUUGCUGUCUUCGGUUUUGCCUUCAAGAAAGAUACUGGCGAUGUCCGAGAAACACCUGCCGCCUGUGUCUGUCAUGGGCUUCUGGAAGAGGGCGCUAUAGUCAAUGUUUAUGACCCCAUGGUCACCAAAGAAAACGCUAUCAGGGAAAUGAAGGAACAAGGGUAUAACGGUACAUACUGGCACUCCAGACUCACCUUUACCGCCACACCCGAUGAGGCCGUACAAGACGCCGAUGGCAUCGCCAUCGUCACCGAAUGGGACGCGUUCAAAACACUUGAUUACAAAAAGUUCUAUCACACGAUGAGAAAACCCGCCUUCAUUUUCGACGGCAGACUGAUACUCGAUCACGAACAACUACGCCAAAUUGGCUUCUAUGUCAAGGCUAUAGGCAAACCUAAUGAUAUAGGCAGAUAUGAUCCCCUCCCUGGACCCGUUCCGAGAUAA